CACCUGCCCGGCCGGGCGGCGGGGCCCGCGGACGCCGCAGUCGCGACCUGCUCUCGCCCCUCCCGCCCCGGCCCGCCGCUCGGGAGGGACCAUGCCGCGCUCCUUCCUGGUGAAAACUCACUCCAGCCACAGGGUCCCCAACUACGGGCGGCUGGAGACGCAGAGAGAAAUCAAUGGUGCCUGCUCUGCCCGUCGGGGGCUAGUGGUGCCCCUUCUCCCCCAAGACAAGGAGGCCCCUUCUGUACCUGGCGACCUUCCCCAGCCCUGGGACCGCUCCUCGGCCUUCGCCUGCAUCUCCCUACCCCUCCUGCCACAGCUUGAGGAAGCUCUGGGGGCCUCUGGACCAGAUGCUCUGGAAGUCAGUGGGGUUGACCCUCGGGCCAGCCGGGCCCCCAGUGUACCCCUCAAAGACAGUCUGAACCACCUCAACCUGCCACCACUGCUGGUGCUGCCCACACGGUGGUCCCCAAUCCUGGGCCCAGACCAGGAUGGGGCUCCAGAAAAACUGCUUGGGGCUGAGAGGCUGCCCCGAGCCCCCAGCGGCUUUGAGUGCUUCCACUGCCGCAAGCCCUACCACACGCUGGCUGGGCUGGCCCGGCACCGGCAGCUGCACUGCCACCUGCAGGCAGGGCGCGUGUUCACCUGCAGGUACUGCGACAAGGAGUACACCAGCCUGGGCGCCCUCAAGAUGCACAUCCGCACCCACACGCUGCCCUGCGCCUGCACGAUCUGCGGCAAGGCCUUCUCCAGGCCCUGGCUGCUGCAGGGCCACGUCCGCACCCACACAGGGGAGAAGCCUUAUGCCUGCUCGCACUGCAGCAGGGCCUUUGCCGACCGUUCCAACCUUCGGGCCCAUCUGCAAACGCACUCGGACACCAAGAAGUACCAGUGCCCGCGCUGCACCAAGACCUUCUCCCGCAUGUCCCUCCUGGCGCGGCACGAGGAGGCUGGCUGCUGCCUGGGCCCCUGAGAGGCGUGUGGUUGGCGCAGGUAGGAGGGAUGGGCCUCACCCUGAGCGCUGGUGUCCCUCCUGCUGCCAGAGGAGCCGCAAGUCUGGGAGUACAGGGCUCAGCCUCACACCUGGUGCAUCCACCACAGGCCACUGGGGCGGGGAACAGUCACCCACGGAGCCCAUUCCGCUGAGCCCCACUCUCCCAGGGAAGACUUUCAUCAGAACAAGAGCCUGGUUCCACUGCAUCGUGGUCACGUCUCUGGGUCUGCCUUCCGAAAGUCAGCGCCUGUGGGGGUAGCUACCUGCAUGGGUUGGCAGUGCCGCUGGCUGACUCGAGAGGCUGCCUCAUUCCCUUGCAGCAGAAACGAACAGUUCUGACUUGUGCUGGGCACAGCUGUGCGGUCCAUCCUCAGAAGGCACAACUACCUCCCAGCUGGCCCCCACCAGCCUUUGGUGUGGAGUCUGGACAAGCUGUCCCACGUCACAUGCCUACACGCAUGUGCACACAUACACGUGCCCUCCCCACCUCACUAGACUCUCCUGAAGAUGGAGCAGGACUGGAAGAGCCCACAGUUGGUGGUCUGGGUGCACUGGGAUGAGGCGGAAUGCCCUGGACCUGUGCCUCUGGGAUUUGUCCUGCUCAGAGCCUCAGGGCACUCAGCUUCCCAGGCAAGGACAGUCCGUGGGUAAUAAAAGGUCUCUGCACACCUGCGUGUUCCAUUCUUCAAAGCUUUGAGUCUUGCCCAGUCCUCUGGUUCUGUGGAGGACGUGGGACUCUGAGAAAUUCCUCGAGGUAGCAGGAUUCGGGGAUCGCCUGCGCCCUUUAGCCACUGAGUAGGUGGGAGACUCUGAGUCAGAGCCUGCCACUGUGAAGCACUCUUGAGAGGUGGGGACGCUGCCAUCCGGAGAGCAGGGGCACCGUCAUGGACGGAAACCACGCAGAAGUGGGAAAGCAUCCCAUGACACAAAGGAACGGCUGAGAGGCUCUAUCCCAGGCUAGAAAAAGGGCUCUCUCGGGGCACUAGGCGGAGACCAAAGCUGGGCAGAUGGCAGGCGGCUGGGUUCAGGGGCAGCAAGUUCUCCUGGCUGCCUGGUCAGAAGAGAGGACUCGGUCUCCUGCUGCAGCCCUCAAGUGCUGCUAGGGUCUGACGUGAUCACGGCCACCUUGUGAAGGGUCUGUGCUUCUGUCCACCCAUGGUACCUGGGGCAGCUUUCCCUACGUGCUGGGGACAGCUGUGAACUGGAGUCCCAGACCAGCGCCCUGCUCUGCUGAGACACUGUCAAAUCCGCAUGGCUGCCUACAUGCAAGACCCCCUCUCUGGAGUUCUGCUCCCAUUGUCCAGCGGGGUAAUGGCAUUUCCUUCUUACAUGUGGCCUCUUCUCACUGCUGAGCUGCUGGGCAGCUGCCCACUGGGCUGGUCUUCCUAAGCACGGCUCCACCUCUCCAGCUCAACCCCAGGGGGCAUCCAGGAAGGAGCAAGGAGGCCCCUCCCAGUCCCUGACACCUUCGCUGAUAACGAUGGUGGGAGGGAGGUUUCUGGGACGGGACACCUGUUCCUUGGGAGGGCUGGCCUGCUGUGAGCUGCUCUGCUUCUGGCCCCAGCCAGACUUCUUCGUCCUGGUCCUGGGAUAGAGCCACAGGGAGAGCAGCAAGGGCUCCCCUCGAUCCCCUGAGACCACUGAGCCUCCUGUCCAUCCGUCCGUGCACAGGAAUAUUCAGGACUCACAGGGAGCACACACCGGGCACCUCGUUACUCGGCUGCUCCAUUCCAUCCUGGGCGAUCCUCACCUGCAGACCAGCCUGGCUAACGCUGACCUGGUGUUGAUGGGCCCUUGUAUAUCCAGAGGAAACCUGACCUAGACCUUGGGCUGCUCUAAGCUCCAGCCGCUACCAGCCUCCACGUGAGCUGGCGAAAUGAAGACGCUCUCUGUGAAAGCCUCUGUCGCGUUCCUGGACGGGGACCACUGCCUCCCCUGCAGGGACUGGCCGUCUCCAGCGGGAAGCACCCACUCUGCUCCUGCAACAAAGGACCUCGACCUGAAUGGCUGAAACAACAGCGUCUCAUCCUCCCCCAGUUCUGGAGGCUGGAUGCCUCACGUCCAAGUGCCCGCAGGCCUAGUUUCUUUGGGGGGCGGGGCUGCUCCAGGCUUUCUGGAAGCUUUGGGAGUCACUAGCGAGCCUUGGCUUCUGGUGGCAUCUCCCUGUGUAUGUCUGUUUCUGUGUCCCCUCUUCUUAUGAGGAUACAGUCAUACUGCCCUGCUCCUGUAAGGCCCCAUCUCAACUCAUCACAUCUGCAAAGACUCUAUUUCCAAGUAUGGUCGGGUUCGGGGGUCCUGAGAAUUAGAACUUCAACCCACGGAAGUGCGGGACGCCACUCAACUUCAACAGCCAAUGGGAACACAGGGCUUUGCCAAGAGCUACCUUGAGGGUACUUGCAUUCAUUGCUGAGGAGAGGGGCUCCUCACCCUCUUCUUUUUCCCUCAGUCUUACAAACAAUCAUGAGGGCUGGGGGCGGGGGUUCACACCUGUAAUCCCAGCACUGU